AUGACUGCUUUGUUCCAAGACAUGAUAAACAAAGAAAUGGAAGUCUACGUGAAUGACAUGAUCUUCAAGUCUCGCAUGAUUGAAGGACACUUCGAAGACCUCAAGAAGCUCUUCGACAAGUUAGAAAAGUUCAAGCUCCGUCUCAAUCCGCAAAAAUGUGUAUUUGGGGCAACCGGAGGCAAGUUGUUAGGCUUCAUUAUCAGCGAAGAUGGUAUUCGGGUGGAUGAGACCAAGACUAAGGCAAUCAUUGAAAUGCCACCACCCAAGACUGAAAAAGAAAUUCGGGAGUACGCGAACCAGAUCCAUGCGCCCGCUUCCGAACUCUAUAACUUGACAUCACCAUGGCCCUUCUCUAUAUGGGGAUUGGACAUCAUCGGCAAGGUUAGCCCCAAAGCAUCAAACGGGCAUGAAUACAUCCUGGUGGCAGUAGAUUACUUCACCAUAUGGAUAGAGGCAACAUCAUUCACCACCAUCAUAGCCUCUCACGUGGUCAAGUUUAUGAAGAACAACAUCAUUAGCCGAUAUGGGAUCCCUCAUGCCAUCAUCACAGACAACGGAACUCCGUUCGUCAAUAAAAGGAUGGUCGAUUUCCUCGAUAAGUUCAAGAUUCAACACCACCGAUCAAGCCCCUAUCGUCCUCAAAUGAAUGGCGGGGUCGAAGCUGCAAACAAAACUAUCAUCCGCAUACUGGAGAGGAUUGUGAAGACAUAUCGUGAUUGGUCAGAAAUGCUUCCCUACGCACUCUGGGCCUAUCAAACGUCUGUACGGUCUGCUAUAGGCGCAACUCCAUAUGAGCUCGUAUAUGGAAUGAAAGCAGUGCUGCCAGUCGAAAUCAAAAUCCCAUCACUACGGAUACAGCUGGAAAGUGAGGUCGAGGAAGGCGAAUGGCAAUAA